GUUAGGUCAUCCGGCAAGCCGCUGCUCCGUCGUCGUUAUGUGACGGUUUACUUCGCUUUAGCUUUAAUUCGAAUAACCUGAAUGUUUAGACGUUGCUCUAAAUUGGCAAUCUUUACCUAAAUGUAUCUGUAUUAGACUACAAAUAUACGUGAGAUAUAUACCUGCACCGUAGCAACUGCGCACUAUUUCCCACACUACAGGUUUGUAUACCGGUACACUAUAGCCGUUUCUAACGGGUGUAGCUAUAGGCUACUGUAGCUAUAUUAAAACCGCGACAUGGGACAUUUCAGAUAGCAGCACCGGUCAUUUACAGUCAUUGCAAGCAACACAGCUGCAACUUUGUGUUGCAGCCUCUUGGGCUGAUUUGAACUUGCAUAACGUUCACUAUUACAUUAUAAUAUGAUAUAAUGUAUCAUCAUGGGUAUCAUGUGUGAAUGCUAUGUACUUAAAUAUUUAUAUUCGAAAUUUAUUUAGAUUUGUAAAGAGGUGCAGACCCGUUGUCAUUGAAGACUUUGCAUUUGUAAAGCCCAGCAAACAUACUUAAAUGAUUGAAAUUAAUGUAGGGGCCUGAGGGGAGGCUUUGUUACUGAAAUCCACAUAGUCAUCCAUAAAAUGAACCUUACCCUUUAGAGUGAAAUGAAGUAAUCAGCAGUUGAAUAAGUGGGGCAAACAGCGUAGAUGGGUUAGCUGACAACGUCACGAAAACGAUGUGCGCGCUUACAUGGGGCGUGUUGUUGUGAUUCUGGAUAGCCAAAUUGCUAGCACGAAUGACAAGAAACUGCCAUGUGGGGAAUCGUAAGUGCCUAGUUUCAUCUUGUUCUUGAUACCAUCUCUUGUUUUGCUAAUAUGGCUAAAGUUCGCUAGCUAGCUAACCAACAACUGUAACGAUGUAUUGAGAGACAACAAGUGGUCAUUGUGCAAAUUGAUUUAUGUUUUCAAUAAAAUUUGUAAAUGAAAUAUAGUUUACAUUUUGUCAACAAUCUAAGCCAACCCCGUCAGUUUUUCCCCAUAGUUGCGCACGUUUCGGUUUUGUUGCUAAACAACCAACCCCUCUAUGGAGCCAAUGCGUUCCCAGGAUAUACACAUAGGAUUACAUGCUACCCAGACCGCACGCCCAAAUUGAUUUUGUCCCCCAACACCAGACUGGACCAGGACACGCAGGUUGAAAUAUCAAAACAAACUCUGAACCAAUUAUAUUAAUUUCGGGAUAGGUCGAAAAGCAUUAAACAUGUAUGGCAAUUUAGCUAGCUAGCUUGCUGUUGCUAGCUAAUUUGUCCUGGGAUAUAAACAUUGGGUUUUUAUUUUUCCUGAAAUGCACAAGGUCCUCUACUCCGACAAUGAAUCCACAGAUAAAACUGUAAAAGUUUGUUUUCUAGUAAUCUUUCCUCCUUCAGGCUUCUUCUUCUUUGGACUUUAUAUGGCGGUGGCAACCAACUUUAUGGUGCAUUACCACAACUAACCAACUGGACUGGAGCGUAGACCUCAGUUCAUCUUUCAAUCACCCAUGUGGGUAGAUGCUACUAAAAACCAAUGAGGAGAUGGGAGAGGCAGGACUUGCUGCGCGUUGAGCUUCACAAAUAGAACCGAGUUCUAUUUUAGCGGCUGGCCACGCAGACGCGCGCGAGCAGUGUGGGUGCAAUGAUUGAAUAACAUGUAUGUGUAAAUGUAUUUGCGACGCGGUCAGCAUGUAAGCCUUCUAAUCUUUUAACAAAGCACCUGCUUCACAGACUGGCCCUGACGGCAAGGUUGACUGGUCACUAGGGUCCAUGCAUUCCAACUGCAAAGGACUCUGGGAGAGUUGCAGAGAACCCAGUUUCAAUCAGGAGCAACUGUAGCUGCUGUGAGGUAUCCAUGGGGACCAGGAGGGUGCUGGUGACAGGCUGUUCCUCUGGGAUCGGGUUGGCUGUGGCUGUACGACUGGCCAAGGAGAGGGGAUUCAAAGGUCAGAGAGACAACAUUGUGGUUUUCAUAAAUGAAAUUGACAGUUUGACACGCUCAACCCCAUCAGUUGAGAUGCAGUGCAAGUGUUGUUAACUUGCAGUGUGUCUUUGUGAGGCAGUGGUUGCCACCAUGAGGAACCUAGGAAAGCGGGAGCCCCUGGAGAGAGCGGCUGGGGACACCCUGAACAGAUCCCUGGAGAUCAGACAGCUGGAUGCCUGCUGUGAAGACUCCAUCAGAGAGUGUGUGGACAGCCUGCAAGACAGACGGGUGGAUGUACUCGGUGAAUAUUAGGCUUCCGCGCACGCACGCACGCACGCUCGCACGCACACACACAUAACACACACACAUUCAUACUGACUCUACACACACACUCGCAUGCAAUCAUCAUAUACGCUGCUGCUACUCUGUUUAUCAUAUAUCCUGAUGCCUAGUCACCUUACCCCUAUACAUAUCUAACCCUACCACUCCAGUAUCUCUGCACAUUGUAAAUAUGGUUUUGGCACUGACCCAGAAACUGACCCUGUAUAUAGCUACUGACCCUGUAUAUAGCUACUGACCCAGGAACUGACCCUGUAUAUACAGUUGAAGUCGGAAGAUUACAUACACUUAGGUUGGAGUCAUUAAAACUAGUUUCUCAACCACUCCACAAAUUUCUUGUUAACAAACUAUAGUUUUGGCAAGUUGGUUAGGACAUCUACUUUGUGCAUGACACAAGUAAUUUUUCCAACAAUUGUUUACAGACAGAUUAUUUCACUUACAGUGAGGGAAAAAAGUAUUUGAUCCCCUGCUGAUUUUGUAUGUUUGCCCACUGACAAAGAAAUGAUCAGUCUAUAAUUUUAAUGGUAGGUUUAUUUGAACAGUGAGAGACAGAAUAACAACAAAAAAAUCCAGAAAAACGCAUGUCAAAAAUGUUAUAAAUUGAUUAGCAUUUUAAUGAGGGAAAUAAGUAUUUGACCCCAUCUCAAUCAGAAAUAUUUCUGGCUCCCAGGUGUCUUUUAUACAGGUAACGAGCUGAGAUUAGGAGCACACUCUUAAAGGGAGUGCUCCUAAUCUCAGCUUGUUACCUGUAUAAAAGACACCUGUCCACAGAAGCAAUCAAUCAAUCAGAUUCCAAACUCUCCACCAUGGCCAAGACCAAAGAGCUCUCCAAGGAUGUCAAGGACAAGAUUGUAGACCUACACAAGGCUGGAAUGAGCUACAAGACCAUCGCCAAGCAGCUUGGUGAGAAAGUGACAACAGUUGGUGCGAUUAUUCGCAAAUGGAAGAAACACAAAAGAACUGUCAAUCUGCCUCGGCCUGGGGCUCCAUGCAAGAUCUCACCUCGUGGAGUUGCAAUGAUCAUGAGAAUGGUGAGGAAUCAGCCCAGAACUACACGGGAGGAUCUUGUCAAUGAUCUCAAGGCAGCUGGGACCAUAGUCACCAAGAAAACAAUUGGUAACACACUACGCCGUGAAGGACUGAAAUCCUGCAGCGCCCGCAAGGUCCCCCUGCUCAAGAAAGCACAUAUACAGGCCCGUCUGAAGUUUGCCAAUGAACAUCUGAAUGAUUCAGAGGAGAAUUGGGUGAAAGUGUUGUGGUCAGAUGAGACCAAAAUUGAGCUCUUUGGCAUCAACUCAACUCGCCGUGUUUGGAGGAGGAGGAUUGCUGCCUAUGACCCCAAGAGCACCAUCCUCACCGUCAAACAUGGAGGUGGAAAUAUUAUGCUUUGGGGGUGUUUUUCUGCUAAGGGGACAGGACAACUUCACCGCAUCAAAGGGACGAUGGACGGCGCCAUGUACUGUCAAAUCUUGGGUGAGAACCUCCUUCCCUCAGCCAGGGCAUUGAAAAUGUGUCAUGGAUGGGUAUUCCAGCAUGACAAUGACCCAAAACACACGGCCAAGGCAACAAAGGAGUGGCUCAAGAAGAAGCACAUUAAGGUCCUGGAGUGGCCUAGCCAGUCUCCAGACCUUAAUCCCAUAGAAAAUCUGUGGAGGGAGCUGAAGGUUCGAGUUGCCAAACGUCAGCCUCGAAAACUUAAUGACUUGGAGAAGAUCUGCAAAGAGGAGUGGGACAAAAUCCCUCCUGAGAUGUGUGCAAACCUGGUGGCCAACUACAAGAAACGUCUGACCUCUGUGAUUGCCAACUAUGGGUUUUGCCACCAAGUACUAAGUCAUGUUUUGCAGAGGGGUCAAAUACUUAUUUCCCUCAUUAAAAUGCAAAUCAAUUCAUAACAUUUUUGACAUGCGUUUUUCUGGAUUUUUUUGUUGUUAUUCUGUCUCACUGUUCAAAUAAACCUACCAUUAAAAUUAUAGACUGAUCAUGUCUUUGUCAGUGGGAAAAUGUACAAAAUCAGCAGAGGAUCAAAUACUUUUUUCCCUCACUGUAUAAUUCACUGUAUCACAAUUCCAGUGGGUCAGAAGUUUACAUACACUAAGUUGACUGUGCCUUUAAACAGCUUGUAAAAUUCCAGAAAAUGAUGUCAUGGCUUUAGAAGCUUCUAAUAGGCUAAUUGACAUCAUUUGAGUCAAAUGGAGGUGUACCUGUGGAUGUAUUUCAAGGCCUACCUUCAAACUCAGUGCCUCUUUGCUUGACAUCAUGGGAAAAUCAUAAGAAAUCAGCCAAGACCUCAGAAAAAAAAUGGUAGACCUCCACAAGUCUGGUUCAUCCUUGGGAGCAAUUUCCAAAUGCCUGAAGGUACCACGUUCAUCUGUACAAACAAUAGUACGCAAGUGUAAACACCAUGGGACCACGCAGUCUUAAUACUUAGGAAGGAGACGCGUUCUGUCUCCUAGAGAUGAACGUAGUUUGAUGCGAAAAGUGCAAAUCAAUCCCAGAACAACAGCAAAGGACCUUGUGAAGAUUCUGGAGGAAACCGGUACAAAAGUAUCUAUAUCCACAGUAUGAAAAAUUUAUGCACUCACUAACUGUAAGUCGCUCUGGAUAAGAGCGUCUGCUAAAUGACUAAAAUGUAAAUGUAAAACAAGUAAUAUAUUGACAUAACCUGAAAGGCCGCUCAGCAAGGAAGAAGCCACUGCUCCAAAACCACCAUAAAAAAGCCAGACUACGGUUUGAAACUGCACAUGGGGACAAAGAUCGUACUUUUUGGAGAAAUGUCCUCUGGUCUGAUGAAACAAAAAUAGAACUGUUUGGCCAUAAUGACCAUCGUUAUGUUUGGAGGAAAAAGGGGGUACCUUGCAAGCCAAAGAACAACUUACCAACCGUGAAGCACAGGGGUGGCAGCAUCAUGCUGUGGGGGUGCUUUGCUGCAGGAGGGACUGGUGCACUUCACAAAAUAAUGGCAUUAUGAGGAAGGAAAAUUAUGUGGAUAUAUUGAAGCAACAUCUCAAGACAUCAGUCAGGAAGUUAAAGCUUGGUCGCAAAUUGAUCUUCCAAAUGGACAAUGACCCCAAGCAUACUUCCAAAGUUGUGGCAAAAUGGCUUAAGGACAACAAAGUCAAGGUAUUGGAGUGGCCAUCACAAAGCCCUGACCUCAAUCCUAUAGAACAUUUGUGGGCAGAACUGAAAAAGCGUGUGCGAGCAAGGAGGCCGACAAACCUGAUUCAGUUACACCAGCUCUGUCAGGAGGAAUGGGCCAAAAUUCACCCAACUUAUUGUGGGAAGCUUGUGGAAGGCUACCCGAAAUGUUAGACCCAAGUUAAACAAUUCAAAGGCAAUGCUACCAAAUACUAAUUGAGUGUACGUAAACUUCUGACCCACUGGGAAUGUGAUGAAAGAAAUUAAAGCUGAAAUAAAUCAUUCUCUCUACUAUUAUUCUGACAUUUCACAUUCUUAUAAUAAAGUGGUGAUCCUAACUGACCUAAGACAGGGAAGUUUUACUAGGAUUAAAUGUCAGGAAUUGUGAAAACUGAGUUUACAUUUAUUUGGCUAAGGUGUAUGUAAACUUCCGACUUCAGCUGUAGCUACUGACCCAGGAACUGACCCUGUUUAUAGCUACUGACCCAGGAACUGACCCUGUAUAUAGCUACUGACCCAGGAACUGACCCUGUAUAUAGCUACUGACCCAGUAACUGACCCUGUAUAUAGCUACUUACUUUCUUGUGUUCUUCUUAUUUCUAUUUCUUGUGUGUUUUUGUUCUACUUGACUUUUUAUUGUAUUUUUUAUAGUACUACUGAUAUUGAUUACUGCAUUGUUGGUAAAGAGCAAGCAAGAAAGGCAUUUCACUGUACUAGCGCACAUGACAAUAAAAACUUGAAACACACUCCAAUAUAAACUCACUGUACUGUAUACAGUACACCAUGAGGGAUAACACAUUGUCAUCCAUAAUGAGUGAACAGGGUGUGACAUGGCAUUAUCUGUCUCCCUCAGUGAGUAAUGCAGGUGUAGGCAUGAUUGGGCCGUUGGAGUGCCAAAGUGUGUCUGAAAUGCAGGAGCUCUUCGACACCAACUUCUUUGGCUUGGUGCGGCUGGUGAAGGAGGUCUUGCCUGAUAUGAAGCAACGUCAAAGCGGACAUAUUGUGGUGAUGAGCAGCGUCAUGGGCAUUCAGGGUUAGUAGUCAGAACAUAAAUGCAGCUUCAGAAAGAAAUAAGGUGUUUACUUCCUAAACGUAUCCCUAUAGAAUUUGACAUUAAAAUGAAUUAAUGGGUUUUAUUUGUAUUGAUAGGGCUACUCUUCAAUGAUGUCUACUCUGCUUCAAAGUUUGCUGUGGAGGGGUUCUGUGAGAGUCUAGCAGUACAAGCCAUGAAGUUCAAUGUGAAGUGAGUCUACACUAAAGGAGAUCCAUCCACAUCACUUUACAUGAGUCAUACAGCAGUAACUAAACCAACACUCAGCAGUAACAAGACUUUGCCCUAAUGCCACAACAGUGAACACGCAGGUUAUGUUUUCAUGUAGAUGAUUAGCCUGAGAUACUGAAUAGCUGAUCCCACAUGCAUGUGCAAGCAGGUGGAUUCCCUCAGUUAAACAGUGGUCCUCUCCCUGCUCUGUCCAUCUGUCCUUCCACUCUGAGGAUGACUCUAGUGGAGCCUGGUCCGGUGGGGACAGAGUUUGAGAGGAAGGUGUACGAGGACGCUGAGAAGAUGAACCUCGCGGGGGCAGACGAGGAGACUGCUAGGAUCUUCCGUGAGAUCUACCUGCCCUACUCUAGGAAGGUGUUCAACUCCCUCUCACAGACACCUGAGGAAAUAGCAGAGGUAACACUGUUCUGUCACUACUUUAUAUUUUGUGACUACUAUCCUAUUAUUAUUUGGUAUGCAGUCUCAACAUCUCAUCCUUUGGUGGCUAGAUGGGAAACAGAAUAAUCACUCUACUCUCUUGCAGCAAACACUUCAACUGAUCACAGCGAAGGAGCCUCCGUUUCGCCACCAGACCAACCGUGUGUACAUGCCCAUGACUGCCCUGAAGCACGCAGACCCUACCGGUCGUCUACCCCUGGACACCUUCUAUAAGAUGCUCUUCAAGCACGACAGUCUAUUCACUGCCAGUCUGGGGCUGCUGCGCAUGUUGCAGAAGAGGACGGGGAAGAGCUCUAAUUAAGCAGAAGGUUGGAGAAACAGAGUGAAUAACCUGGUGAGGAGAGAGAGGGGAUAGAGAGAGCAGAAGGUGUGAGUCAUUGAGUGACUCUCCAGUCUGCAGUGCACAAGCCCCCUUCUCUUCUCUGCUAGUCAUGUUGGUGUAGACACAACAAAAGAGUACUGUUGAGACCUUCCUGAUAGAUCCUUAGUAAAAGACCCACGCCUCAGACAAGAGCCCUUCCUUAUGAACAUUCAUAACCACUCCUUAGACUAUCAAUGACUGUGUUCAACAAAGAUGAGACUUUGACAAGUUAAGGGCUGUGGGGUUUGUGGGCCUCUAAUCAAACCCAGUAACCUAGCCAUUUGGAUGAAGCGCUCGAUUCAAUCCGUAGCACUGAAGAUCCGUGCUACAGCGCAAUUAAAAUGUAAAGGUAAUUUCCGA